AUGUCACAACCUUUUCAUGCCGGAGGAGCGGCGAAUUUCCACCUAAAUGACCCGGUCGGGCUGCUGAAAACUCUCGCCUAUCGCUGGUCAGAACUUGAUAUAACACAUCUCGGCUCGAUUGUGGCACUCGCAGGCAUUGCCCCGUCAGCAUGGAGGUUUGCCAGAUCUGCGUGGUCCGAAGUGUACUCUUGGAUACGGCGCUUCUUUAUUGCGUCCGUGUCAAUCCCUGGCCGCGAUCCUCUCAAUAGGAGCGUUGUGAGCUGGGUCUUGACCAAUGUGAUUGAAGGCCGAAAGGUUCGUUUCUUUACUGCGCGCACCGAGUCACAGUCGGGACGUGAUGAUGUGUCCUCGUUGAAGAAGACCCGGAGGAUGGCGCAAUAUUUGCCACAUUGGGAAACAGCUUGGUUCUGGCAUGAGAAGAAUCUCUUCGUGGUGACGAGAUCCCUCGACAGCUUCAACGCCGCCAUGUGCGAUCCUGGCUACGAUGGCAUAGGUGGCGAGGACCUUACAAUCAGCUGCAUUGGCCGCUCAGUAGACCCCAUCAAGAGUCUGAUCGAGACAUGCCGCAUAUACGCCGAUAGGCAGGCCCAGUACUUUGUCACAAUCUACUCGCGAGACCGUUAUGGUAUUUCAUGGCAGCCCAAGUCGAGAAAGCCGAUUCGCCAUCUAGACACGGUCCACUUUGAUAACCAGGUCAAGAAGGAAUUGCUUGCCGAUAUCAGGAAAUACCUUGAUCCCAAGACCCAGAAGCGCUAUCGUAAUCGAAGCAUGCCCUAUCGUCGCGGCUACCUCCUCUAUGGACCUCCGGGAACCGGCAAGUCCUCCUUGUCGACCGCGCUGGCUGGCGAAUUCGGGCUUGAUCUUUACGAGGUCAAGCUGCCGAGCGUCCCGGCUGAUCAUGAUCUGGAACAAAUGUUCCAAGAAAUCCCGCCUCAGUGCAUCGUGCUUCUUGAAGAUAUUGAUGCUGUUGGCAUGGAGCGAGGAGACACUGGAGAUAAGAGCGACCAGAGCAGCAUCCACAGCACCAGGUCAAACUGCACGCUUUCAGGCGUGUUGAACGUCUUGGACGGUGUCGGAUCGGCCGAGGGGCGCAUCGUCAUCAUGACCACCAACAAGCCCGAGCAGCUGGACAGUGCUCUGGUCCGCCCGGGUCGUAUCGACAUGAAGGUCUUUCUCGGAAACAUCAGCCAAGCAUCGGCGAAGCAAAUGUUUGUUCGCAUGUUUUCACCCGACCUUGACAGCUCCGACACACCUCUCUGCCUCGCCGACAUAGAGAGGCUGGCAUCUGAAUUCGCAUCCCAUAUACCAGAAGACACGUUCACUCCGUCCCAACUGCAAGGGUUCUUCCAAUCGAACCUCGACAGUGCCAGUGAUGCAGCUGCAAAUGCAUCAUCUUGGGUGGAAAAGGAGUUGUCCAAGAGAUCGGCGGACGAAGGUAUCGAGAUCGUCCGUCAGGCCCAGAGCCAUUAA